GUCAGUUCAAUCUCACAAAAUAGCACAAAAAUGUUUAGAAUAACAGGACAGUUACUUACUAUCAGACGUUUAUUGCGUCGUCAGCCAAUCGACGUGCAGGUUGUUCAGCACACCUUACUCCACAAAUACAAGCCACAGGAGAGGGAAACUUGCCCCACACCACCUGCACCCCCUCCUCCAAAACCCAAAGAUGACUCGGCAUUUUGGGGCACGCUUGCUCUAGUAUUUGUCGCUGCAGGUUUCGCUGUAAUUGCGCAACGAUCGCCAGAAAUACGUGACUGGUUGACGAUUCACGCACCCUGGUUUGACGACUUCAUCGCCAUUAUGUAUGAGGAGAACAUGACUUAUAGAGACUAUGCCGAAAAGUGCAUUGAAGACGUUAAGGACUAUGUCGCAAAAAUCGGAACUGAAGACAAACCCAAAAAUUGCUCUUUGGAUGGCAAACCGAUUAUAACUGUACCCCAAAAACAUGAAGUGGAAACGAAAAAAGAUGGUGAAUGCGUCAUUAUACCGCCGCCUGUUAUCACAAAGAGCAUCUGUGAAAUAGAAGAAUGUGUUAAAGAUCGAGCUGAAGAUGCUCUUAACAAUUACUACACCGCUAAAGAAGCUUGCGCAUACUAUAACAGUGUAGUGGAAGAAGCAAUGCAGAACUUCACAAUACCUACUGUGCGUAAACUACACGGCGAGUUGGCAGAGAGAAUCAAACUUGUCAAUACAUCAAUAGCUAACGCUAAUGAGGCACUCGCUGAAUUUAAUGAUCUAAUCCAAUAUUUUGAAUGUGGAGUAAAAGCCCCACCAGAGCAUAUAGCGAAUACGCGUGGUUUAAUUAAUGAUUAUCAACAGAAGCUAACAGCCAGUCUUAUGCAGUAUGAAUGGGAGAAUGACAAAGCAUUGGCUAUGGAUAUGCAUUGGCAAAUGGUAGAAAAUUCCGUAGACAAGUAUACAGUUGAGAAUCAAACCAUGUACCCAGAAAUAAAAUACGAGGAAGACAAACUCCAGCUACAGAAUGACCCCGACUUUUUACUCUACCAUACUUUUAGAUAUGCAUCAAAGUUACGAGGAGAGCUGGACAAUGCUGUAGUUGGUAUGACAGACAGAGUUAACAGAGGAAUGGAGACACUACCAGAAAAUAAAGCAAGAGAUGCCAAGCUUGACGCUGUAUACAGACAGAAAAAAGCAGACCUAGAUAGGGAAUUUCAGAAACGGUACGCCGACCAAAUAGCAAACAAUGACAAAAUUCUAAAGGAUUCGUUGAAGAAACAGCUGGACAGACAUCAUGAGACGUUGCAGAGACGGCUUGGUGAAAAGGAGAAAGAGGCAACAAUAACUUUGAAUAAAAUGGUUGCUGAGAAGGUGGCAUUUGAAAAGAGUAUUUUUGCGCGUCAACUUGCGGAAAUGGCGGGGAAAUUGAAAUUGGUUGAGGACAAACUAAAUGCUCAUUUGAAAGCUGAGCGCGAAACGCGAAGAUCUCAGGAAUUGUGGGUGGCUGGUUCAGCUUUGCUAGCCGCUACCAAGAAGGGCACACCCCAUGUUGACGUGAAUAAAGAGCUAAAUGCUAUUCAAAAGGCAUCUGGUGAUGGUGACAAGCUCGUGGAAACAGUUCUAAAAGCAAUACCUGGAUCAGUCAGGGAGAAGGGCAUUGUACCAGAAAGUGUUCUUCGUGAUAGAUAUCAUCGGAUGGAGAAUUUGGCGCUCAAAGUAGCCUUAGUAGAACAUGAUGGCGCUCCAUUACCCGUAUAUAUUCUGUCAUGGGUGCAAUCGGCGCUUCUCUUUAUGAAGAUUUCUGGAAUACCUCAAGAAGAAUUCGAUAAGCCUCCUAAAGAGCCAUUUCAAAACUUGGACACUUUUGAUUUACUUCAACGUGCCAGGUUUUGGAUGGAACGCGGCAACCUGGCCGCUGCAAUUCGCUACGUGAGUGCACUAGAGGGCGCUUCGCGGGCUGCAGCUGCCACAUGGACUGAAGACGCGCGCGCAUAUCUCGAAACACGACAAGCUGCGGAGGCUGUGCUAGCACAUGCCGCAGCCUUGGGUCUACAAUACAUCUAAUUAAUGUAGUUACAA